ACAGGUGAGGUGGACGGGAGGCCUGGGGCAAGGGCCCCGGAUCCAGUCUCUUCCCCCGCCCACCCCAAGUCUGACCUCUCUCAGCCAGGACACCUCAACCCACGCCCCUGAGCAGCCCCCCAAAACAGCAUCACAAAAGUGCAGAACGCGGCGGAGGGGGUAAGUGUGAAAGGCUGAAAGAGAACGCGGUUGCUAGGCAAUGGGCGCUAGCCCACCUUUGUUUGCUCUGGUGACAGCAAGCAGGUCUGGUCAGGGGCAGUCAGCAAUGCGGCCACCUUUUCCUCCCAAGAGUUGCUUCUCUGAGACACAGUGCAGCUCUGGUCACCUGGCGGCUUCUUCAGCUCAGGCCCCCAAGGCGUGGGGCCUGAAGGAUUACCCUGACCUGCCUGCCCUCGCUUAGGACACAGGAGUACAAACAGCAGACCCCGGUUCACAUGGACAGACUACUAACAAAACGCACCUGGAAGGAUGAGUUCUGGCAGAACCCCGUCGACCAGGGGGGCCUGGUAGUGAUCUGCUUGUUCAUCAUUACGGUCCUGUUUCUCAUCUUGUUUGCUAUUGUGUUUGGUUCACUCCCUGCACUCGAUAGGGUCAACGAGUGUGAAGAGUCGUGACCUGACUUUCUGUGGGCCAAGAAGGGGGCCACUGUUAUACACUCUCAAAACGCCAUGUACCUUUUCUCCAAAGCCCUUCUAACAGUCUGGAAUUACACAUUUUUCAUGUGA